AUGGGGGAUGAGGAAGCCAUGAUUCGUGUACUACUUGUCGACGGCAGCUCCACUUGCCUUUUCAUCUCACAAGCCCUCCUUCGCCAGUGCCAAUACCAUGUGAAUACAGCAGAUGGAGCAAUCACGGCACUUCGAAUUUUACGCAAUAACAAUAGUCGAAUUGACUUAGUAAUAAGUGAAGUCGACUUACCCGACAUGGAUGGAUUUGUUCUGCUCAAGGAAGUGAGCCUCCGAAUGGACAUCCCAGUCGUAUUGGUGUCGUGGGAUGAUAGUAAAGAACGGGUAUUAAAGAGAAUAAUGAAUGGCGCGUGUGAUUAUCUGGUAAAACCCGUGAGAGUCGAGGAGCUGAAAAAUAUAUGGCAGCAUGUGAGGAAGAAGAAGAAUGUUGAUAAUAAUAAUAAUAAUAAUACGAUUGUUAAUCAUGUUGUGGGUGAAUCUCAUGUGGAGAUGAAAGAAGCUUCCAACAAUAAUAAUAUUUGUUUUAAUGAGAACCCAAAUAAUGAUAAAAGGCACAACCGUGGUGAGGUGUUGUCGAAGCAGAAGAAGCCACGUGUCGUCUGGUCACAAGAGCUUCACCGCAAAUUUGUUGUUGCCGUUGAUCAACUAGGAAAAUACAGAAUGCACCUGAAAAGGUCAAACUGCGAGGCCGCGGGCCCACAACAAGCAAACAACGCAUCAUUAUCGUCAGGCGUGUCAUCAUUUAACAUUGCUUAUAAUAAUAAUUAUGAUAAUCAACACAUGCUUAAGGAUGGAAAACGACAAUGUGUUGUAGCUUGUCCAACUUCUUCAAUGGCCAGUCAUCAUCAUCAAGAGAAUGAUAAUCGACGAGUAUGGGUUCAAGGAAUGCCAAUGCCGAUAACAGUGUAUGAUCCAUUUGCUAGUUACACUGAUUGGAGCAUUUCAUUUAGUGAUGAUCGGCUUCUUUAUGACCUUCCUUCUCUUGGCUCGAUUGAUAAUCAGAGUCAACAUGAUUUGGUGCUGCCAGUGCCAGCUACUCGUGAUCCGAAUAGCCACAGCACGAGUUACAGCUUGAUAACGACGUCUCUGGACAUGGACAAGGACAAGCUUCCCACCAGUCACUCUGACAACAAUGUCCAGCUGCCCGAAAUUCAAAUGAAUCAGCAACACCUGAUCAUGGUGCUGCUUCCAGAACCUUCUUCCUUUCAGUCCUGGGAUGAGGAAGCCAUGAUUCGUGUUCUACUUGUCGACGGCAGCUCCACUUGCCUCUUCAUCUUGGAAGCCCUUCUUCGCCAGUGUCGAUACCAUGUGAGUACAGCAGAGGGAGCAAUCACAGCACUUGGAAUUUUACGCGAUAACAACAGUCGAAUUGACUUAGUAAUAAGUGAAGUCGACUUGCCCGACAUGGAUGGAUUUGUUCUACUCAAGGAAGUGAGCCUCCGAAUGGACAUCCUGGUCUGGUGUCGUGGGAUGAUAGUAAAGAACGGGUAUUAA